UAAUUUAUUGCAUGAUGUUUUGAGAAACUGUCAGUUGUAAAUAAAGUUUUGUGGAAAUCGGUUAAAUUCAAAGUGCUAACGAUGAUCGGAUUUUUAAUGAUUUUGGGAACAAUAUUCCUCAUUUUGUUCCACUCGAUAUGGAAUUCUACUUAUUGGUCACGUCAAGGAAUAAAAGGACCAAUUGGGAUACCAAUAUUUGGAAAUAUGUUUAAAUAUUUAAUUGGAAAAAGGCAAUAUGGACUUGUUUAUGAGGAUAUUUAUAAAUCCUAUCCGAAGGCAUCAUACAUUGGAAUGUAUCGAGUUAUGAAUGAACCAGCAAUUUUGUUACGUGAUACUGAAAUGAUCAAAGAAGUUAUGGUUAAAAACUUUCCUAAUUUUACCGAUAAUGUCCUCUAUGUCAGUGACAAAAGGGAGGAUUUGAUAUUUUGUAAUCCGUUUGUGGCAAAAGGUGAUAAGUGGAGAGUUAUGAGAAGUGAACUUGUUCCAAUGUUUACACCAAAUAAGGUUAAGCUGUCAUUUCCUCACAUUGCAACAACCUGUAAGAAGUUGGAUUUAUUUAUAACUAACUUUAUUGGAGAUAUGCCAUUUGAAGCCAAAGAUCUUUGUGCAAAAUACACUCUAGAUGUCGUUGCUUCUGCAGCUUAUGGCUUAGAUGGACAGUCAUUUACAAGUCGGACUUCAGAUUUCACCAAAUUAGUAAAAGAAUUAUUUAUGCCAAAUUCAUUGAGUUUGGUUCAAACGACAGCUUUAUUAUUUUUACCCAAACUUGGAGAUCUUAUCAACUAUAGAUACAUUCCAACAAAAGUUCAACAAUGGCUCUUUACAAUUAUUGGAAAAGUAAUAUCACAAAGAAGAAAAGCAAAUGACAGUAGCAAUGGUGACUUUCUUCAAUGGUUGAUUGAUGCAAAAGAGAAGGCAGGCGAAUCGGUUGAUGAAUUCACCAUUGUUGGACACUGUAGUACACUCUUGAUUGAAGGUUUUGAGACAUCGGCAGCACUUAUGUCGUUUGCACUAUAUGAGUUUGCUGUAAAUCCUCAUAUCCAGAAAAAAGUUCAUGAAGAAAUAGAUGAGGUUAUGAGCAAAUAUGAAGGAAAACUUUGCUACGAGGCCGUUUUAGAAAUGACUUACCUGGAGGCUGCAUUAUAUGAAACUCUUCGCCUUCACCCUCCUAUGCUGGCCUUACUAAAGCACUGUACGAAGCCAUUCGAGUUACCAGCUCAAUUUCCAGGAGUUAAACUUCGAGAAAAGGUCUUAAUUGAAGAGGGAACCGUGUUUGUUGUUCCUGUUCAAGCAGUUCAUCAUGAUCCAGUUGUGUUUCCUGAACCACACAAAUUUAAUCCGGAUCGUUUUUCUGAAGAAAACAAACGUCAAAGAGCCAAUUGUGCAUUUUUAGGCUUUGGAGAAGGACCUCGAAUGUGCCCAGGUAUGCGUUUUGGACUCGCUCAAAGCAAAGCAGGUUUAGUUACAAUGCUGAUGAAAUAUAGAGUUCAAACAUCCGCUAAAUGUGCUAACCCAUUGGAAAUUUCUCCAACAACAUUUUUGACAACGAGCCGCAAUGGAGUUUGGCUUUGCUUCAAACCAAGAAACUUGUAACAAUACAAAAUUCAAGAAUAAUUUCAUAAACUUUUAUAAUUAAAAAGAAUAUUUAUUAUUAAAGUUUUGUGCAUAAAUAGAA